AUUUUUGGCUCGCUGAAUGUAUGCGCGUUGGAUUGGACAGGGUUGUGGUGAGUAGGAGUAGUAGUUGGUAAUCUCACUUGAGCUGCUCAGGCGCGCGGCACAAUUUUAAACGACAACCAUAUUUAUUUCGUUUUUGAAUGCGCAUACACCUGUUAUGCUAGUUCGUUUUCAGUCCUUCAUCUCUUUAUCGGACUGUCCCUGGAUUUUAAAUAUCGUAGAAUUUUAGUUUAUAUCACCUUAAUUACUGGAGGGUUAAGCUCCGAAGGACCACUCCAGUCAAAAUGUCAAUUUUACCCUUUACACCUCCGAUUGUGAAAAGACUUUUGGGUUGGAAAAAGGGAGAGCAAAAUGGACAGGAGGAGAAAUGGUGUGAAAAGGCUGUGAAGAGUCUUGUGAAGAAACUGAAGAAGACGGGACAGCUGGACGAACUGGAGAAAGCCAUCACAACACAGAACAUCAACACCAAGUGCAUCACCAUACCGAGGUCUCUAGAUGGCCGCCUGCAGGUGUCCCACCGGAAGGGCCUGCCGCACGUCAUCUACUGCCGCCUGUGGCGCUGGCCCGACCUGCAGUCGCACCACGAGCUGCGCGCCGUCGACCUGUGCGAGUUCGCCUUCCACACGAAGAAGGACGAGGUGUGCGUCAACCCCUACCACUACCAGCGCGUGGAGACCCCAGUGCUGCCCCCAGUGCUAGUGCCCCGGCACACCGAGAUCCCCGCCGAGUUCCCCCCGCUAGACGACUACAUCCACUCCAUCCCAGAGAACACCAACUUCCCCGCCGGCAUCGAGCCGCAGAGCAACUACAUCGCAGAGACUCCCCCACCUGGCUACAUCAGUGAGGACGGGGAAACCAGUGACCAUCCCAUGAGCCACAGUAUGGACACAGGCUCACCAAACCUUUCACCGAGCCCAGUGUCUCCAACGCAGAACAACUUAGACCUCCAGCCGGUGACGUACUGCGAGCCGGCCUUCUGGUGCUCCAUCUCCUACUACGAGCUGAACCAGCGCGUGGGCGAGACCUUCCACGCCUCGCAGCCCUCGCUGACGGUGGACGGCUUCACCGACCCGUCCAACUCGGAGCGCUUCUGCCUGGGCCUGCUGUCCAACGUCAACCGCAACGCCGCGGUGGAGCUCACGCGUCGCCACAUCGGCCGGGGAGUGCGUCUGUAUUACAUCGGCGGAGAGGUGUUUGCCGAGUGCCUCAGUGACAGCGCCAUCUUCGUCCAGAGUCCCAACUGCAACCAGCGCUACGGCUGGCACCCUGCCACAGUCUGCAAGAUCCCCCCAGGUUGUAACCUGAAGAUCUUCAACAACCAGGAGUUUGCAGCACUCUUGGCCCAGUCGGUGAACCAGGGCUUUGAGGCUGUCUACCAGCUGACCCGUAUGUGCACCAUACGCAUGAGCUUUGUCAAGGGCUGGGGCGCAGAGUACAGCAUUCUCCUGCUCUACGCUCGGCUGUCCUUCCUGUAUGUGGCGUUCGUGAUGAGGGAUGUUGCCGCGGCUGUCACCGCCUGCUUUGGGUGGUCCAGGCACCGGCUGCCGGGCCCGCAGAGCCACAGAUUGCGGCGUAUCAGCAUUCUUCAAAAGCAGACCGCACCUGAUUGCUCCGCCACGGGCCACUGGAUUACAGCUGUCUCCGGACAGAAGCGGGUACCUGGCCUAGCAUGCCAAUAAGACGUCUUCGCUUCUCCAACUGGCGCCUACUGGCCCGCUGCCCGGCACAUCCUCCAGCCUGCCGUGCUAGCCAGCACUUCUCCGCGGCUGCCUUCUGUGCCGGAAGGAGUUUCGUAAACAUUCGAGCUUUCACACUUCGCUCAGUUGCACAGAGUUUUUAACACCUGGCGAGGACUAGUGUUCCAUCCACAGGCCCGACUUCAUGAGAGCACCAGAGCUGGCAGAAGGAGAACACAGACGCAUGCGAAGUACGUGUCUACAAUAUGAACACCCAAAUCUGAACAGCUCACUCCCAAGAUCAUACAGUUAUGUAUAGUUUUGACAUUGAAAGGUUCAUACCCCUCAGUUUAUUCCCCAGCAUUAUCAUUUCAUGAUUAAGGCUGCAUUAUUUGCCAGUUGUGUAAUUUCUGUCUGAAAAGCAUUAAAUGAUGCAAGGAAAGACGUGGUAAUCACA